AUGGCUAUAAAAAAGAUUCGCUUUAUAGGAGUCUUUUUUGUAAGUCCUAGUCUUGCGCUAGAGUUGACACCUAUAAAUCUUAAUAACAAUCAAAAAUGCAGUUUUUUUUUUUCUUUUUUUCUUUUUAGAAAUUCUAUUCACCUCUUCAAAACCCCUUUUUUUAGUUUGCUAAGGGGCUUUGUCUAGAGACAUAGGUAGGUAAGAUAAAACACUAACUAGUACUGUUUUCAUAUAACAGAGCUUGCUGGUGCUUAUUUACUUGUGACGCUGAAGUGAGUAAGUCUGACUGAUUACAAGUUGUGUACCACGGCAAAAAGGAAAUAAAUCUAACAACCAAAU